AUGGUAUCAGUUAUAAAUGAUAAGGAGGAAUAUGAUGCAACAAUGGCCAUCCUUUUAAAGCUGCCGUUAGAGACGGAUUUGAAUAGAUACCAAGUCUUUAGGUUCCGUAAGAAGGCGGAACACCUUCUUGUACUAAAUGACACACUCUACUUAAAUGUUAGAGAAGGACUGCACAAAAAAGUGUUCUACAAGACCCAGGUCGAUAUCAUGGCAUUAGAGAUUAAAUGA